CCGCUUUGUUUCAAAUGGCUGUGUUUCCCGAUGCUAACCAAACAAAUAUCAAUAGUUUAUUUUUUAGUGUACCUGAGUUUGGUUUAGGUCGCAAUCAGUUGAUUGAUACAUCUGUCCACUCAAAUAUUGUGAGCGCAUACAAGAAUUACAUACUGGGGUCGGCAUUACUAUUGGGUGGUUAUGAUGACAGCAUUACUCAAACUGAUAUUAAAGAACUUUUGGCUUUCGAGUCAAAACUAGCAAAAUUAUCGACAAAACCAGAAGACAUGAGAGAAUCGAAAGACAGACUUAUUGUGGAUGACCUGGCUUACUAUAGGGAAGUGACCCGACUAGUGGUCACUACUCCGAGUCGAGUGAUUGCUAACCACAUGGGUUGGCUCAUAGUUAAAAAACUAGCCGUUUAUACGACUGAAAGUUUUAGGCAACUUGAGUAUGAAUUCAAUAAAGUGGCCAAGGGUGUUAAGACAGCGGUACCCCUAACUAAACACUGUAUCGAGGCAUUGGAAAGCUAUCUGCCAUUUGCUUACAGUAGGAAAUAUGUGGACAACCAUUUCAGUGAUAUAUCACGACAAGAGGCCAAAACUGUGGUUAAAUAUGUGCGAAGAGCACUGAAAAGAUCCCUAAAGGAUAACGAUUGGUUGGAUGACAUCACCAAAAAUAAAUCCAUUGAAAAACUGAGUGCUGUUGUAGAAGACAUCGGUUAUCCGGAUUGGAUGUUAGAUAACAAACAAUUGGACAAAUUGUAUAAUUUGUUACGUAAACCAGUUAAUAUCACUUUGAGUUGGCCCACAUAUCCUGCAAAAGUGAACGCAUACUACGAUCCCACACAAAAUACAAUCACAAUACCGGCCGGCAUAUUAAGUCAGCCAUUCUUCCGAAACCAAGUGCCCUCUUAUCUCAAUUUUGGAUCUAUAGGAGUGGUAAUUGGACACGAAUACACACAUGGAUUCGAUGACCAGGGCAGUGAAUACGAUCCCAAUGGAAAUUUAAUCAAUUGGUGGAACGGCUGCAUGAAAACAAUAUUCAAGGAAAAGACAAAAUGCUUUAUUAAUAAAUUCAGUCAA